CAGUCUCUGCAACUUGUCUCUUCCGCUCGUCGUCUCCAUUCUCCAAUGUCCAACGGAAACAAAGCCUCGGCUCGCUUCGUGGUUCACCAUCUCGGCCACGGCGGAGGCGGCUCUGCCCGCUGCCGCCUGUGCUACGCCGUCGCUGUCUCCUUCCUCCUCAGUUAUCUCAUUUUGCUUUCGGGCGAAGUAAGCUCGCCGGCCGGGGCUCCUUUCACAAGCUCCCGCUGCGACGGGCGGUAUAUCUUUGUUCAGGAGCUUCCGGCGAGUUUUAAUGUCGAUCUCGUUCGAAACUGCUGCGUGUUCAGCCGCUGGGCCGGCGACGCCUGCCGCCUGGCCGACAACGGUGGCUUUGGCCGCGCCCUCGGCGGAGGCUGGUACGCCACUGACCAGUUCGCGCUGGAACUCAUCUUCCAUGGUCGCAUGCGGCAGUAUGAGUGCCUCACGGACGACCCCGCCAGCGCCGCAGCCGUGUUCGUGCCGUUCUACCCCGGGCUCGAGAUGGGGCACCACCUCUGGCGAUCUAAUGCCUCCGUGCGCGACGCGGCGCCGCUGGAGCUUGCGCGGUGGCUCCGGUCGAGGCCGGUGUGGGCGGCGAUGGGCGGGAGGGACCACUUCAUGGUCUCUGGGAGGAUUACUUGGGACUUCCGGCGGUGGACGGAGGACGGCGAUUGGGGCAGCAAGCUGCUGCUUCUCCCCGAGCUCGUGAACAUGACGACGCUGAUUAUUGAAUCGAGUCCAUGGCACCGCAACGACAUAGCGAUUCCCUACCCGACGUACUUCCACCCAUCCACGGUAGCUGAGCUCACGGCGUGGCAAAAUAGAGUCCUGAAACAGAGCCGGCCGUGGCUCUUCUCCUUCGCCGGCGCGCCCCGAUGGCGGCCGCCCAAUUCCACUGCCUCCCUCCGCGACCUCUCCAUCGAGCAGUGCCGCGCCUCCGAAAGAUGCAAGCUGCUCGACUGCGCUGGUGAACGGGCUGGCGAGUGCUUCUCCCCUCUCCGCAUAAUGGCUCUGUUCGAAAGCUCCGUCUUCUGCCUUCAGCCCGUGGGGGACUCCCCCACGCGGCGCUCCACUUUUGACGCCAUGGUUGCCGGAUGCGUACCGGUAUUCUUCCACCCCGGCUCCGCGUACACGCAGUACGCAUGGCACCUGCCGCGGGACUACCGUAGGUACUCGGUGUUCCUGCCGGAGGAGGUGGUGAGGCAGGGGAACGAGAGCAUCGAGCUGGCGCUUAGAAAAAUCACGGUGGAGGAAGUGGCAGCAAUGCGAAAGGAGGUGGUGGGCAUGCUUCCGAGGCUGGUGUACGGCGAUCGCCGGAGAGGAGCGGCGGAGUUCGAGGACGCGUUCGAUGUGGCGGUGGAGAGGGUGAUCGAGAUGGUGGAGAAGCAGAGGAAGCAACUGAGAGAAGGGGCUGCCGACGACGUGGCUGAAGAAAAGAAUACUUGGAGGCAGAGUCUGGUGGGUGCAAAUGUGGGUGACCACGACUGGGAUCAUUACUUUGACAUAUAAAGACGGAACUAUGAUUUAUAUGAUUUGACAUUCGUUUUUAAAAUUAUGAUAGUACAGCUUGGUUCCAUAUUUUUGUUUGUAUUUCUUUUAAUAAUUUUUAAAAUAAAUCUUAAAGUUUCCUGAGAGGAAAAAUUCUACUA